CGCCAUCGUCAGACCAGACGCUGGAUACAGACAACAACAGUGACAGACCGAGAGAGAAAGACCGCAUUUCUUUUUUUGCUUUCAGUUAUGGGUGUAGUCUGAGCGGUGGAAAUUGUAAUUGCACUGCAGCUUUACCUCGAAGUUUAAUCCUCAUGAAGGAGCUCCGUCCUGGCUGAGUUGGGAGAUGGGAGUACUUAACAUCACAGACCAGCCUCCUCUGGUCCAGGCCAUCUUCAGUCGUAAUACUGAAGAAGUUCAACUGUUAUUGCACAGAAAGGAAGAUGUCAAUGCACUGGACCAUGAGCGCCGCACACCACUUCAUGCUGCUGCCUGUGUGGGUGAUGUCCAUAUUAUGGACCUCCUCAUUGAAUCAGGUGCCAGUGUAAAUGCUAAAGACAACGUUUGGUUGACCCCGUUGCACAGGGCAGCUGCUUCAAGGAAUGAAAGAGCAGUGGGUCUUCUGCUGAGGCGCGGAGCCGAGGCAAACACGCGAGACAAGUUCUGGCAGACGCCGCUGCAUGUGGCUGCUGCCAACCGUGCCACGCGCUGCGCAGAGUCUCUGCUGACCCAGCUGAGCAACCUGAACAUGGCAGAUCGCACCGGUCGGACUGCCCUGCACCAUGCAGCUCAGAGUGGUUUCCAAGAGAUGGUGAAGCUGCUGCUGAACAAAGGAGCCAACCUGAGUGCCAUUGAUAAGAAGGAGAGGCAACCUAUUCAUUGUGCUGCUUAUUUGGGACAUUUAGAGGUUGUGAAGAUGCUGGUAUCCCGUGGUGCUGACAAGAGCUGCAAGGAUAAGCUGGGUUAUACACCUCUCCAUGCUGCUGCUGCGAGUGGUCACAUCGAAAUUGUAAAGUACCUUCUGAGGAUGGGAGCAGAGAUCGAUGAGCCCAACGGCUUCGGAAACACUGCGCUUCACGUGGCUUGCUACAUGGGACAGGAAGCUGUGGCGACUGAGCUGGUGAACCAUGGCGCUAAUGUUAACCAGCCCAACAAGUGUGGCUUCACCCCUCUGCACCUGGCUGCCGUCUCCACCAAUGGUGCCCUGUGUUUGGAGUUGCUGGUCAACAAUGGGGCUGAUGUCAACCAGCAGAGCAAAGAAGGGAAGAGCCCCCUGCACAUGGCAGCCAUUCACGGACGCUUCACACGCUCUCAGAUCCUCAUCCAAAACGGUGGGGAAAUUGACUGUGUGGAUAAAUAUGGCAAUACCCCCCUCCACGUUGCUGCUAAGUACGGCCAUGAACUGCUGAUCAGCACUCUGAUGACCAACGGAGCAGACACAGCCAGACGUGGGAUCCAUGGAAUGUUCCCCUUGCACUUAGCUGUGCUGUACGGGUUUUCAGACUGUUGUCGCAAGUUACUCUCCUCAGGUCAGCUGUAUAGUAUAGUUUCAUCUAUGAGUAAAGAGCAUGUGCUAUCGGCUGGGUUUGACAUUAACACCCCUGACAACUUUGGGAGGACCUGUCUACACGCUGCUGCCUCUGGAGGAAAUGUUGAAUGUCUGAACUUGCUCUUAAGUAGCGGUACUGACUUGAACAAGAGAGACAUAAUGGGAAGGACACCGUUGCACUAUGCGGCUGCUAAUGGGAGGUACCAGUGCACCGUGGCUCUGGUGAAUGCUGGCGCCGAGGUAAACGAGCAAGACCAGACUGGCUGCACUCCCCUGCACUACUCUGCUGCAUCCCAAGCCUUCAGCAGAACUGAUCGCCAAUUUUCUGGGAACCAUCAAAAUACUGAGGAUGAGACGAAAGAGUCCUACUUUUGCUUGGAGCAUCUUCUGGACAAUGGUGCUGAUCCAUCUAUGGUCAACUCUAAAGGUUACAGUGCUGUUCACUAUGCAGCUUACCAUGGCAACAAGCAGAACCUGGAGCUGCUCUUGGAGAUGUCCUUUAAUGCACUUGGAGACAUAGAGAGCAGCAUUCCAGUCAGUCCUCUUCAUCUCGCUGCUGAUCGGGGCCACUGGCAGGCCCUGCGUGUGCUCACAGAGACGGCAGCCUAUGUGGACAUGCAGGACGCUGCCGGCCGCUCUGUGCUCUACCUGGCGGCGCAGAAAGGCUACGCUCGCUGCGUGGAGGUGCUUUUAGCUCAGGGGGCCUCCUGUUUGCUCAACGACAACCAUCUCAUGUGGACUCCGAUUCAUGUUGCAGCUGCAAAUGGUCACUCGGACUGCCUGCGCAUGAUGAUUGACUAUGGGGAGGAGGGGGAUCUCAUCAAUGUCACGGACAAAUUUGGCCAAACCCCUUUAAUGCUCUCUGUUCUGGGAGGGCACACUGACUGUGUCCACUUCCUGCUGGAGAAAAGUGCUCUACCAGACGCUAAGGACAAGAGAGGACACACGGCUUUGCACAGAGGGGCAGUGUUGGGACAUGAUGACUGUGUAGCAGCUCUGCUGGAGUGCAAAGCUUCUCCGUUAUGUCGGGACGCCCAGGGUAGGACACCGCUGCACUAUGCUGCCUCCAGAGGCCACACAGAGAUACUGGCCAGUCUGGUACAGGUCACCAUGGCAACUGACCCACAGGACAAACUGCUGGACAACAAACAAUACACGCCGAUACACUGGGCUGCUUACAAAGGGCAUGAAGACUGUUUGGAGGUUUUACUUGAAUUUAAAACAUUUAUUCAUGAAGAGGGAGACUCUUUCACUCCCCUGCACUGUGCUCUGAUGAACGGCCACAGCGGCGCUGCAGAGAGGCUGCUGGAAUCUGCCAGGGUCCACAUGAUUAACACCCGAGACGCCAAAGGAAGGACCCCGCUGCAUGCAGCUGCGUUCGCUGAGGAUGUGGCAGGACUUCAGCUGGUUCUUCGCCACGGCGCAGAGAUCAAUGCCGUGGAUACGAGUGGACGCUCUGCUCUGAUGGUUGCUGCUGACAGGGGACUCAGCGGCACUGUGGCCAUCCUCCUCCACCGAGCCAAGGCCGACCUGACACUGCUGGAUGAGAACAGGAACACUGCCCUGCACCUGGCCUGCAGCAAGGCCCAUGAGAUGUGCGCUCUGCUGAUUCUGGGAGAGAUCCACAAUCCCACUCUGAUAAAUGCCACCAACAGUGCACUGCAAAUGCCCCUCCAUCUUGCAGCUCGUAACGGCCUGGCUACGGUGGUGCAGGCACUGCUGAGUAGAGGAGCUACGGUGCUGGCUGUGGAUGAGGAAGGCCACACCCCGGCUCUGGCCUGUGCGCCCAACAAGGACGUGGCUGACUGCCUGGCUCUGAUCCUAUCUACCAUGAAGCCUUUCCCUCAGCGGGACCCUUCCUCCUGCUCCUCCUCCUCGCCCACCGUCUCCUCCUCUGCGGGUCUCAACUUGCUGAAGCACUGCGGCAUCACCGCCGCCUGCUCCCCUCUGCCCAGCAACGGCCUCCACAACGGCUACGUCAAAGACCGCCACGGUGCACCGGUGGGCCUGGACGGGUGUCUGUCUGAGUGAACUCAGCCAGCUGCUGUCAACAUCACCACCACCAGGGGGCGACUACCUUAAACAUGGUCAAGAGGACCAGAAGAGCACCCACCCACAUGUCUGUUUUCUCUGUAUGUACGUGUUCGUGCGUCUGUGCGUGCGUGAGCGUUUGGUCUUCUCUUGAGGUGCAGUCAAACCUAUUAUGCAAUUAGAUCCCAUUCCUCCGUCUCCUGGUAGUGCUUAAUGCAAAGAAGCAGAUCACUCUACAAGGUCACCACGACGAGACAUUUACUACGAACUAGCAAUCUGGCCAUCUCUAAAUUAUUUAACCCUUUAAAGCCCUGCUGACGUCAUUAUACAGCCAACUUCUCAGAGCAUGGCGGUAUCUUCACCAACUGUCCUUUUUCUCCAUAUCAUUCAGUAGAGAAGUCAUAUCAUGUUUAACCAGAAAGGUGACCUUGUAGAGGGUCGUACAGCCUUCCCAAAAGAAUGAUCAAAGAGUUUUUGAGCCUUUUUUUUUAUUAUUAAAUUGUCUACUAGCCUAGAUUUUUAUGAAGGAACCACACAAGGGAAAGUCAAAGUUCUUGCGUAAGAGUGCAAUGCUUUUUGUACUACAGUACAAUCUGAAAUUUGGGGAAAAAGGGUCAUAAAGUUGUUAAAUCCUUAGCUUACUCUAAACGUAUGGCCUAGAAUUGUUUGGCAUUUUAAGAUGAUUUGGUAAAUGCUGCUGAAUUCAUUAGCAUGUCUCCUUCCAAAGGAGAGCCAUUCUGGGGUCGGGCCGAAACAUCCCUACGUACCGCGUGCCGACCCCGCUUUUUGUUUUUGUUUUUAAAGAUGCUAAAUAAGUGUUUGUUAAGCUAGAAUGUUUCUAAGCAUAUAAGUUAUGACCAAAGUUGAUCAACACUACUAUGGCUAUAAAUUAUUUAUUUGAGAUGAACUGUACUGUAUAGAGAAAGACAAUAGAUCUCGAUAUACCUCGUCAACUCGUUUAGCAGCUGCUUCAUCUUCACCCAGGGUCCGUAGGCCUAACGUUCUCUUCUUCUUUUGUUUUUUUUUUGUUUGUUUUCGUAGGACUUAGAGAACUGCUGUAGGAUAGUGACUGACUGAGGCCUUGUUUAUUUCUAGAUGAAGGCUUUACUAGUAAUAUCUGCCAACAACACCUCAUCGAAGCAUCUUAUAUCUGAGCACAUAAAUGAACAAGCCAUUUCAAUUUAUUUCCCAUCUCUUUAACAGUGUUUUCCAGAGAAUAUUUCACAAUUUGAAUGGCCUGAUUACUGAAAGAGAGCAAUCAGUCUUGUUUUUAGGCACUAAUAUUAUUUUCCUUUUGUUUUUUUUGGUGCGUGUGUCUUUAAAUUUUGAGCUGGCCGUUGAUGUUUAAGCUCUCGCUAACGGAGUAUUUUGUGGAGCUGGUGAAGUUGUCUUAAGAAUCUACAUCGCAGCUUCUUAGUGGUGAACUGAUCUGUUUAAACAAAUAUUGUCUCUUUUUCUUUUGAACUAUUAUAAUUAUUGGGCGGUUUCCAAGCAAUAUUUUCUUUUUUGCCUUUUUGUUGAGCGUUAAUAAAUAGACAAUCACUGUCACAAGGGCUUUUGUUUCCCUAGAAUGUGUUUUGAUUUCUUUUUCAUUUUUUUAAAUUUACCUGAAGACUAAACGAAUGGCUCUGUGCGUGCCGGGCAUUUUACUGUCAGUGUCAACUUAAAUGCACUGGAUUGCCUUUGUGGCAUCUCAAGAAAUGCCUUUUGACCCAUGCCUUCUACGACGCUUCAUUUCAGUUGGAUUGCUUGGUGGCAGAACGUAACGAGCCCUGACACUGAUUAUGUUGCCGCCCGUUUGAUGGCAGCGGCAUUUAACUACAAUUGCACCAUCGGAUCUAAUGGGAGUUUUAAGUAGAUAAACAAAUAAAUAAAUAAAUGCUUGGCUUAUCUUUACGCUCCGGCAUUGUUAGUGGAGCAGGGAGGUCGUAUCCCUGCAAGAAACAAAUAGGGCUAAGAAGAGAAGAAGAAGAAGUAUCUCUGCUUAGGCCAAUCCCUGUUUAGAUUUCAGGAAUAGCAGAAAUCCAAAUAUGUGCUUUUAUUUGUGUUAAUUUAGUCGUCUCCUCAUCCCAUUUUCUGGUAUUAAGCAUACUAAAGAUGAUUGUAUCAGACCACUAGAGCUGUUGGUGACUCCUAGAUGUUUUAUCUAUGCUAUUUAGUUGUGUUGAGCCAUCUGACGGUGGUUAGCUUACACUGAGUCAGAUGAGUUUCCUUGGUGUGAUGACUUCAUAUCCUCUGGUGUUGAAGUGGCACAAUUGCACACGUUAGUUUGACUGGAUAAGAGAAGAGGACCUAGACUAGACUUUGUUGUUGAAUACACUUUACAAAGGAAAAAAUGCUUUCACAGCGGUGUAUUAAGCUUGAUUUUUGUUUCUCAAACUGACAAAUAUUCUUUUCAGAGCAGCAAUCUCAUUGAGUUAAGAGUUGUAGAUUACUACUGUAUUCGGCAUCUAUAACUGACUGAAACUGAACAAAUCUGUGAAGCCCAGCCUUUUGUUCUCCGUUUGGAAAGGCGGUGAUGUUAGUUGGGGCUUUUUCAUCAAAUUGGUUCCAGUGCUAAUCUGUUGCUGGUGCUUCCUUGGCGCCAGUUGUUUCCGUUUCCAGCUCUGGUAGCGAUUAACUGGUUCAUUCUUUGCUCCAACUGGGAUGAAAAAAACACUUUGAUCAGGAGCUGGAAGUGGGAAAAGAGAGUUAAACGACCAAUGAUUUUACUAAUUUAAAACAAAAAUGGAAAGAAAAAAACACUUGACUUUCAUAUUAAAAGAUAAACUCACUCUCUCAUGUUUCCAUUAUUUAUAUUGAGAUCCCCAGCUUAGUUUUUGAACACCAACUUAUUUUCUAUCUUCAGAUACUGUUAAUAAAUGCUCUAAUCGCUGUGUUUAAGAGUUAAUCGCAUCGCUGCUCGUGGUAUUAAGAGUUAAUAGAUUAAUCUGGUGACAAUAGAGCAUCUUUUUGCACAAAUGGGGAAAAAAUUGUUUAGUUUUUGGAGUUAAAAGCACUGAUAUCAUCCUGGGAAAUUAGAAAUAAAAGUGAUAAAAGGUCAGAUGCACACUAGAUUAAACCAACCUGUUUCUGGCUCCAGCUUUUUUCUCAUUUUUUUUUUUUUUUUUUUGGAACCACUUUAGUGGAAAACGCCCCAGUAGUACUGCAGAUAGAUACAUACUUUCGCUAUUCUUCUCAGGAUUCCUGCUAACGCAGCAGGUCGAGUUUCUUAAUUCAAUCAGAUCUCUUAUAUCUAAAGUUUUUUCUGUUUUUUUAAAAAUAUAUAUAUCAUUUUUCUCCCCAAGAUGGGAUGUUCCAAAAUUAAAUUUUUUUAAAAUCUGUAAUCCUACAGCACUUAAUUACGUAGUCAAGCACGCACUUUAGUACAUUCAGGUUCUAAGUGUGCAAAGUAGAGCAGAUGUAAUGUAUGUACUUAUGUUUACAUGCAUGUGUUGCUGCUGAAUACAGGAAAUGUAAAUGAGAAAAGGUGAAGAGGAAAAAAAAAAGAAGCAAAGGCUGCAACUAAAUUGUACUCCAUCAAUGCAUUAUUUAAAAAAAUAAAACAUAUAAGAAUAUAUAUAUUGAAUAAAAAAGUGGUGCUUUUAAGCACUUGGGGACAGAGUCUGCUCUGACUUGUGUUAUCUCUUCCCAUCACCCAGCCUACUGUUAACAAUGCAGACUUUGGCCUAAGUCGUGUAAAGUCAGUUGAGAGAUUAAACCAACACCUCAGGCAGGCGGGCAGGUUUCACUAAACACUCUCCAUAUCCUCUCUGCCAUCUGUAGGUGCUGUCAGGCCAGCCUGGUUUUGGGCAGGGAUUUUUAUUUCAUUUCUCGUGAUGUCCUUAUCUGUGUCGUAAAUGGAGUCAGUCAUUGACUUGUGCAAUGACGCUUGAUGUAAUCUUUUUUCUUUUUUGUAUUACAGUAUUCUUAUACAUGCUUUUUAUUUUACUUUUUGUGUACCAGUGAUACCAGUGAUUGUGCAUGGAGCUAGGUCGCAGUUGUGACGUAGCUACUAUUAAACAAAUGGAGCAUAUUAUACAAUAUAUUUGGAGUCAGAGAUGGAAAGAAAGCAAUGAAAGGUCCAAUUGUAGCAAUAGCGUGUGUGUGUAAAAGUGUGCAGCACAAAUAUUGCACUGCCAUCCAUUUUAGGCCAAUUCAGUAAAUCACAGCAUCAAUGCCAAUGGAAGAUUCAAAUGCGGGUUAGAUGUCAUAUUUUAUCACAAAUAAGGCCUGUUUGCCAAAAUGUGUUGAGAGGGACGGAGAGAGGAAAGCCUCUCUGUUAAGCAGCAAUGGAUUUAUGCAUAUGUUCAAGCAGUUUACAGUCUGACCAUCAAAUCUGAGCCAUGAAUUUACUGACUGAAAUGAAUGUAGGGUCAGUUCAGAGCGCGACAGUUUUCUUUCUCCCGACUUUAAACUGUUGCUCUUCAUUUGUCUUGCGUGGAUAUGAAUAUACAGGUAGCAUGUAGAAAUAUAACUCUCUACUUAUUCUAAUGUAUGUGUAGUAGUCUUCCUGCUUUGAAGGUCUGGAUAUGUUUUUUUUGUUUUGUUUUGUUUAGGUUCCCCCCCGCCCCUCUCUCCCGCCUUUUAGGCGUUUAUAGUUGUGUAGAAUGAAGCCUAAAACCAUAAAGGAUAAAAUUGUAGAUGAAAUUUAACAUUAACGGUCAUCCAUUCCAUUGAGAUUGCCUUACAGUACAGUGAAACAAGACGGACAAAAAAACAAAAAGGUCUACAGUAGAUAUGAUGACACAUACUCAUAAAUAGCCUAUAUUUGACAAAAUGCACCUAAGCUACACCCAUUUAGUGCCAUAGAAACCUUGAUUUGCCUUUAGACAUGAAUCAUAUUUACUCGGUCAGUAACAUAUUCAGACGUAGACAGGAUUCUUACAGUUUUGUGUUCGGAGCUGCAUGUCUCUAAGCCAGUUAUAUUACUCAAAAGAAAGCUAUAUAAACAUGUGCAUGAGAAAUUACUACUUAAAAUACAAGUAUUCUGUUGAGUUUUGGUGUAUUUUAUAAUUGGACAUUUUUUUCUCAAGUAUAUAGGUAGUCCCUUUAGUAUUGACAAAGCAAUCCAUUGUUUGUGUGUUUAACAAGGUGGUUUAUAUUGUGUGUUACAAAGGAGAAAAAAAAUCAUUUUUGAUGUCCAAAAAAAAAAAAAAAAGCAUACUAUAUACAAUAUAGAAUUGAUUUGCCUCAAUGGAUGUCUUGGUUUUUACUUGAAGUAAAUGGCAAAUUUCAAUUCAACUCUGAUCCACUGUUGAGCCUUUUGCCUUAAAAGCUAUAACAGAAAAUAAAACCUGGCAGCACCCGAGACGCUACAUCUCCUGUAGAGUUAUGCUUCUUGCUUUGAUUGCUUUAAAAAAAAAAAAUUGGCUACUUUUAGGUCCCGCAGACGCCACCCCGGGGGGUCGAGAAGCACACAGAUAAAUUGAGGUAGCACAUAGCUCAAGGUUGCCAUGGUACCAAGCUAGCUCUGAGAGUUUGGGAUUUCGCCAUAUUUUCCACUGUGAAUGAAUGAAUGACUUCAGAAUUCACUUGUAAACACAAUCAAACUAUGGCUUGUCUGUUAUCCAGAGCCAAGUGACACUGGGAAUUGACGUUGUGUACCUCAAAAAAAAAAUAAAAAAAUACUAAGACAGGAAGGAUGCUUGUACAGCUAUGCUAACAAAGAGUUAAAAAAAAAAAAUCCUUGUACAUCCGUCUUGUGGGUUGUGUAAUUCUGCUUAAACCAGCCUAAACCAGACGAUCUGCGCGGAAGCGUUCGAUCAGCGUUGGCGGAUGUCUCAUGUUUCCUACCUUGCGAAGGGGCAGCCAACUGCACCUUGUACUUUUUAUUGGACCUGCAGUUUUACCUCAACAGUGAUCUUUUGUGUGACGAUGCUGACAUUGAUUGUGUGGUGUAUUUGUUCCUUUCCCCUAAUGUCAGUCAUGUAGAUUAUUCGCAAGUAAAAGAAGUAGUUUUGUGUGCUUGUGACUUUACAUCGGAAGUUUGUCAUAUCUAAACAUGCACUAGCCCUUUUUUUUUUUUUUUAAACUGAAGCGCAUAUUUACCUUGUUCCAAUACAUCUCCCUUCAUUACAAUUAACAGAUGAAUCUGUUAUUUGGUGCAAGUCAGAGUAAAAAGGUCCAGUUAAAUAUCAGCUGGGAUGUUAAGGUAGCUAUAAAACUUUACCUCUAAGUCAAAACAAUAUAACUUCACUGUAGAACACCUUCCCAGCUGGUUAUUCAUUCCCUCUACCCCACCAAUAUGACCUGUGUAAUACCAAGCACAGAGGUGGCACGGUGCCUUUUACUUGUAACUACCGAAAGGUACGGUCUUCCAUUUGUAUUUUCCAGAAGCCUUACAAUGGGGAAGAAAAAAACACACUGAACAUACGUGGUGGCAGAACCCAACUCCCUCUGAGCAUCAUCAUUUAAAGGGCAUAUAUCAUAAAUUUCUACCGCUUUUUCGAUUGGUGUUCAGGCUUGUAGCUUGUGCUAAUAACAGGAAGCACAAGGCCGCCCAAAUUUAUGGCGUCACAACUUGGAUGCAAAACUCUGGCGUUGAUUGUAAUAUUACGUCCAUCCAAGACAAAAAUAGAGAUGCUAAAGACUUGAGAUGGAGAAAGUUGGAAGAAAUGUUUUCUAGGAGUGGUAACUUGGAGAACUAGCACCCUGUAGAGUCUAAUUCAGCAAAAUGAUGAAUUGGGAAAACUAAACAGCUGGCAGCAUUCAGUUCUGUCAUUUUUACUCUGAUGUGGUUAUGUCUCACUUUUGUACACAUAAUAGGUCAGUGUUUUUGUUUUGUUCUUGUGAGGGUUUAACUGCAUCACAGUAAUGUAGCUGUAGAAACAUUACUCCAAUCUGUCCCGCCACUCAAACUUUAUCAGUUUAUUUUCCCCACAAUUGCAAUUUUGGCCCUAACAAAUCACUACAAUAAUUGUACUUCUCCUAGAUGGAAGGGAACCUAAAACACUGACGUUAAAUCCGAUCGGCACCAGUCCUCCUGCGACUCUGCUACGAUAAACAAAGCGAUGAUGGAUGGAUAUUCAAUCAGGCUUUAGCUGCAAACACACUCAUCCAUUUGGCUCAGACACGUAGAAAAAAAAUUAUAGCUGAAGCUGUCAUCGCUAAAUGUUUAGAGUGGCUACAAAUGUUUUUUGUUUUUUUUUGCUGUCGUGAUUUUAAAGAAAAUAAUGGAUCUCAAGAAUGGCUCUUUAAUAUGAUAUUUGCCCUUUAAAUUAUGUUUCAAAUUAAAAGUAAACGCUUAAAUAACUGCCUCUAGAUUCGCUUGGAUUUCUCCACACAUUUCCCGUGACUUUUAGGGUCGCAGAAGAAAUUGCACACUACUGGUGCGAUUUCCUUUAGGCACAUCAAACGGUGAACGAACGAUCGCUAGAUUGAAAGCACAAACCCAAAGAAGGCACCUCGGAGCUCGGAGGGCUCUCCGAACCAUAAGAAGCAAAAUCGACCAAAUUUAGGCCAAGAUGUGAGGGAGAAAAUAAAAUAAAAAUAAAAAACCCCCCACAGAAAUCGUGAGGCUUGAUUAUUAGAAACACAGUAACUGUAGAGAGACCGCUGUCUGAAAUUCCAGAGCUGCUUCUGAUUAUUCCUCUCAGCCUUCUGGGUUAUUCAUCUAGUAACUUCUUCACAGUGCAAACCAAGUCGUCAUCAAACUUUAGGGUGAACUGUUUGUUGUGACUGUGUUGCAAAUUGAUUGUGGAGAUAGUAUUGUGUUAUUUUAGGGUAGACUGAACUAGAAAUAGGAUUGCAGUUUGUAGCUGUGUGCAGUGUUAAUAACAGUGUGAUCAUAUUCUAGAAGUGACGUAACAUUUGUUGUCUUACUACAACAUUAAGGCAUGAAAAUCUUCUGUCAAGCUGACCUUGUUUGAAAUAGGUAUAAGUGCAAUAACCUUUUGUUUAUCAUCGCUUCCUUGGUUGAGUAAGAAAAAAAAAAAACUUAUGAUCCCUUCUCCUUUCUUUUGAUAAAAAAAAACAAAAAAAAGACACCAAAAGUCACUGAUCUGUAGCAAAUGAAGGAUUUCAGCGGUCCUCUUGUUUGUAUUCAGAGGUGGCGUUUAAACGCGAGAUGUGAGAUUCUGUUCUUAAAACUGUGAUUUAAAAUGAAAGUUUAAAAGCUGCCUGCUCAAACACAGGACUGUGCACAAGUUGAAAAGUUGGAAUAGAUUUUUUUUGUUUGUUUUUGUUUUAAUGGAUGGACUUUGAUGGUAUUGUAAUUUGGACUAGACACGUUCCUUUGCAUGUGUUCGUGUGUUUAUAUGCAUCCUCGAUUCCUCCUUCGUAGUCGGUGAUAUGAGGGGAAAAAAACUAAAAGGAAAUCUGAAAGGCCUUAUGUUGUUCUCAAUGUUAAGCAUUAAGGUUGUUUUUUUUUCACCCCUCUCCCUUUUCAGUGUGUAGCCGAAAGCUUGUACAGUCAAACCCACAGGAGAUUUCCACCCGUGCGUUUGUAACUCGGAGGUUUUUUAGAGAAACAUUCCCCCCUGAAAGUUCAGUUAGUUUUCACCAGCAGAAGAUGCGUUAGGAGAGGGGAGAUCGCGUUUACACAAAAAGGUGGAAAGUGGAUUUUAGAAACACUUUGCGGUGUUUAAUGUUGAAAUGAAUGAAACCAAGUAUUGUACGCAGGUGAAGUAAGACGGUUAUAUUCUGAUGGAGCACCUUAUUGACUUGCUCCUUCUGUGAGUCUCCUAUUGAUCUUGAUUACUCUAAAGCAGAGCCAUAUCAGAGAAUUUGCCCAUUAGGAGCCCCCAUGAAUGUGCUUUUAGCUGUAGGAUGUAUAUUGCAUGUUUUGUGAUACUUUAGUUGUAUUUGUAGUCCCUUUCAUGUUUUUUUUUUCUCCUUUCUCUCUUUGGUUUAGUCUGCUUCACUGAAGAUUUUACCACCUUACUGCAACUCAUGAGCUUUUAACAAUACUCCAUCAACUGGACUUUAGGCAGGUGUUGAUCUGCUGCUGAGGCAGCCUUAAUUUAUUACAGAUUUAAAGAAAAAUAAGAUUUGAAAAGUAAACCAUGGUUUAUCUGGGAAAUAAAAACGGAGCCCUUGUACGUGGAAGGACUCUGAAUCAGGGCAUGUGAUGAAUUACAAUCAAAUUAUUACCACGAUGCACCUUCACAAGCAUAGGAGGAGGGAAAACGUUGGCUUGUCCACCUGACAUUCCAAAUUUGAUUUAUUUUUUCUUCCACGGUCCUGUCUUUUUUUUUUUUUUAUUAUUAUUAUUUCAUUUUGCUUUUCUGGUGAAUAAAGUGUGUCAAUGACAGGGUUCCCUAUUUAGCAUAACGCUGAUUACCUCAUUUACAAGUCUGCAAAUAUACUAUUCUACUGUGUGUGAAGGAGUUGAUGCCAUCACCAGCAGCGCGGUCUCCAGACCUGUGAUGACAACAGGACCAAUGAAUUUACUCUGCUCACAUCAGCCACUUUCAGAUGAACAACCGAACUAGAAACAAGCGGUUGGAAACAUGAUGGAACUUUUAUUUUGGCGGGCCAAAAACAGCCGUCGACGAUUUACUUCAGUUAAAAGCCGCCGCAGCUGCUAAUCCAGUCAACACGUACAGAUGCAUCUCGAUUCAGCAGAAAACCGGCAUGAAGUUAAAUUGUUUGAGUAUAUUUAAAGCUUUUAUUCCUGUUGACUUUGAUGAUUACUGCUACUGAAAAUCCCAAAAGUCGUUUUUCAGAAGCGAUAUGAUCAGAGCUCCUUUGACAUGAUCUGUUCGCAAUUAAGGAAUCUACUCAAAACAUUUAAACCAACUUUGCUUCACAAUCCUUUUCCAAACAGUUUUCCUUCCACUCAACUUUCCAUGAAUUGGCUUGUAAACAGUACAAACAUUCAUCUUUGCUAAUGACGGUUUAUGGAUGUUUUCUGAUUAACUGAAUCUUCAUUAGCUGUAAGCCACAAGCCUUAUUGGACGUUUUUCCUUCCACUCAAUUUUCCACAAAUCUGAUUUUAUACAGCUCAAGCGGUCAUUUUGUUAGUAAUGACAGUUUAUGGCUGUUUCUAAAUUAACUGAAUUUCCAUUAGCUAUAAGGCGAUCCUUGCUGGACGUUUUUUCAUUCCACUCAACUUUCCAUGAAUCUGAUUUCAUACAAUACAAACGGCCAUCUUUGUUAGAAGUGACGUUUUAUGAAUGUUUCCAAAUUAACUGAAUCUUCAUUAGCUGUAAGCCAUCAUCGUCAGAAAUAACGGAAUAGAUUCUUGAAGUUUUGUCUGAUUUCAGUAUAGAGUGAGUUUCUCUUUUUAAAUUGAGAUGCACCUGUGUCGUCAGAUUAAAAAAUUUUAUUUAGAAAAUAAGAUUAAAAAUCUACCAGCUCAAACACUGACUGGGGUGGCAGCUGUUGGCGCUAACUAUCGUGGUUCAGUAAUCCUGGCGUAUCACAGAUAUUUCAACAUUCUAGCAUUGCUCGCUGUUUUGUUUUUGUUUCUUCGUAGCAUUACUCCUACCUCCUUGUUUUGCAGCAUUGAGUAUUGUUCGUCUCUCCACCUGUUCUGGCUUUUAAUGGGUCAGUCCACUGUACGGGAAUACAGAUUUAUCAUGAGCAAUUGUAUACUUAUACAUAAAGUGUGCUUGGAUGUGCUGUACAUGUCUACUUGACGUUUAAAAAAAUAUAUUUAUGAGAAGCAUUUAUACGACAAAAUACCACUGGAAUGUGAAGCCAGACAAAGUUGUGAUGCAGAUUAUGAUAGUCUCUCCCCUUUAACAUUCAGUGGUGAAUGGUCAGAGGAACCAUCUUUAGUAAAGUAAAUGAUUACCUUUUCUUUUUAGUUUAUUUCAUUUUUCUGUGUAUGCUUUUCUGUCCAGCCCUAUAAUAUGAGAUAAUUCAACGUUUACAGCUUCAUUUAGGCUCAUGCAGCUGUACCGAUAUCACAGGUUGUCACGAUGAAGAUGGGUAGGUGGAUUCUGUUUUUGAGGGUUGGCGGGGAGGAAAGUCAGUCUGUGUCCCUCAAGCUGUUUGCCUUCGAAUCCAACUGUCCAGAUUCUGGCUGCUUAGGCGUCCGUCUCUCCACACUGCCCUCACAUUUUACACCGGGUUUGACUUACAAGGGGUACAGGACAAGGUGAAAGGUUUGAGGUUUUCUCCCCACCAAAUAUUACGGCCCUCCCCUCUCCCUGCUGCCGCCACCUACACACGCCAACACGAAAACAAAAACUGUACCAGCUCCACUCCACAAACCCGCCGUCUCACCUGAAACCUCAAGCCAUUCAUGUUUCUGUUUUUGUUUCUUCAACAAUGCAAUCCUGAAAGCACUUUGCCUUGUUAUUCCUUUGUGUGAACAUGUGAAUGAUAAUUUGUUACAGAAAUGUUAAAUAUGUAAAAGAUCAUUCACUGUUUUGGAAAAACCUGCAUCUGUCUUUCUGACGUUAAAAGAAAAAAAAAAAACAGUUUAGUGACAUUAAACCUGAAUCUAUUUUAUAAAAUGUUUGCUGCAGCCAAUUGGUCUUGUCAUUCAGUAUUGUGGCUUAGGGUUGUUUGUGUUCAAUAAAGUGCUAUUGCUAAAUA